AUGGCGGCCUUGGCCAUGCGAAAGUACAGCAGAGUGGCCUUGGCAGCAAAGGGCAGCAAGAAGCCAAUGCUUCGCAACAUGGAAGCACCGGAGACUGCCGAUGCUGUUCGCGAGGAGCUGGCAAUGAAGUCUGGCGUUGUAUGUGAUGGAUACCCGGUCCCGAGACAGUACUUAACCCUGCUGGUACAGUCUUACGACUUCUACCUUGAAGAGCGCAAGAAGGGUGCUAAGCGGGUGCGUGGAGGAGAGAAAGGGCAGAGGUUCUUCAGUACCCGCAACCGCAAGUUCUGGGACUUCGUGAAUUGGCCACGCACGUACUUCCGUCGCCAGUGGGAGAAGAAGGACUUCCUCUACGCUCUCUUCUUUGGCUACUGCGAUGCAGCUUCAGUUGUCAUUACCGGAAUGCUCGGCAUUACGCUGUCGUACCAUCGGCAGCUUGCCCACCUCUCCUUCAAGAGCCCAAAGAUCGUGGAGUACUUCCUUGCCUACUGUGGAUCCUUGGCGGUGCAAAGCCAUCCAAUCAACUGGGUGCCCCGGCCAAGCUUGCAGUGUCCUCUCAUCGACAUCAUCACGGCGCCACUGCACCUCGGCAUAGCUGUGACAGUGGGGCAGGACACGGCCAACGAUGUGCACUCCCCGAAAGAUGGCUUUUGGUGGUCCCAUGCCGGAUGGAGUGCCAUGCGUCACUCCGAGGUCUGA